GCCGCGGGAAACUAACUCUCUCACGGACUCUUGUCAUCGACUUUAAUACGCAGCUCGGCUCGUCUCAGGACGUCAGCGCUUACCUGUUGCUACAGCUAAUGCAGGCAAAUGCCCAUGUACCUACUUACCCCUCCUCCAACGGGACUGUGCAGGUUUGUGUCCUAGGUUCCUUCCCGGCCAACCUAAAGUAUCGAGAUCAAAACCGAGCGGAUCUUAGUUGCCCUCGUUAUGCAGCAAUACUACGCACCUCCCUCAACAAGAGACGAUUUACUGGUUGAAAUGCAAGACAGCGAUUGUCUGCAACGCCAGUUAGUCAUUGCAACGAACUGCUACUACCCUACAUGCCUGCGACACAACAGCCACCGUUGGCCGCCUACGGUAAUCCGACGCAAGAACCGGCGGAAGACGGGUUGGCACGAUAUCAGCCUGCCGCAUUGCUUGCGUCCGAUGUCAAUCAUCGGCCCUUUGAUAGGCUCCCGCUUCCCUCAACCGUCAGGAACGGAGCCCGGUGGUGAAUGCAACCCUUCCCGCAGAUGGUCGUCAAAUCUGCACCAACAACCACCACCGUGCCACCAUCCUUUUCCCAGCGAAGCAAUUCAACCAGUCGAUCAAUUCCUUUCUGUCCGAGUCUGGGCCCCAGCCCAGCUCAAGCCUCGCCGUCUGAGCGGGAUUAAACAACCACACAAACAAACCUGCCAGCCUCCUACGAAAUCGAGAUGCGACACUUACUUCUUCAGCCCCGACGUCGCUCCGAAUCUCGCACAAAACGCCUUAAUACCACCACCACCACCACCUCACGUUUAGUUAGCCUUUGCAAUCGUGUGUCAACAAUUCUUGGUCCGGCCGGGUUGCACAAAGCAGACUGGAUUCAUUAUGUAAAAAAAAUCCUUGCACUGUGGCUAAAAUUGUGCAUAAAGCUGGUUUUCCAUCUGACCUUGAUCGAAACGUACUAGACAUCACCUGGACUGCAGCCAACGGCGGUAACCUAGUCUCCCCCAGCCUACCUAGAGUCCAACUACCAGCCUACCAAACCCAAGAGCACCAAUCAACGAACGGCCUUACACCACCCAGAAGAUUGCUUUACGUGCGGCAACAACUAUAAGGUACUGUACUC